AUGUCAACAAUCGGCACAACAACAAUUCAAACAACAGCACCAAACUCUUUAGUCAUGAAUCCAACAUCUAUGUUAGUAGAGAUGAAAAGCUUCAUUCCUUCUUCAUAUACUUUUGAAACAGAAAUCCAGAAGAUAAAGCAAGAACUUUUAACAAGUAAUUUAGACUGUAGUGCGAAAGAUGAAACAAAUGAACAGUAUCUUUAUGAAAUGCAGGACAUUAUUGACCAUUUGCCUAAACUACCUGAAAUCCAACAACAAAAACUCACUAUUCCUGAAUUCGAUGAAAUAGAAGUGAAACCAACUGACUCAGUAGAAAUAAAGAAGUUCAUACGAAAGGUAAACUAUGAGUUUCUAGGAUUUCAUUGCAACCAUAAGGUUAUGGACAAAGAUUGCGACAUGGUAUAUAAGAAUGUUUCUGACAUAUAUAAAUCUGAAGAAUUUAAGACCUACGACAACUUUGUUUCGUUAGUUGCUGAAUGUGUAUGGCAGAUAAGAGAUAAAGAUAGAAGAGGUAAGGUAUGGAAUAAACAGAUAAAACCAGCAACUUUUGAGUUAAAGAAAACCAUUGACGCUUUAGUUGUUUUAGCAG